CGUCGAGACCAAAUUCUGAGACGAUGGAGCGGCGGGCGUCGUCGACCUGCGCGAGUUUCCUGUCGAACGAUGGCAGCGACGACCUGGUCGUGCGCUUUCAGUGGGGUGGCGAGCCUAUAGGCCUCGAGCUCAUGCGGUCGCCGCCAUCCACGGCCAUCCAUACCGUUCACUGGGGCGCCAACCCGCUCGGCGUAACUUUAGGCAUUGAGGAGACGUCCCGACGCGUGAUUGUAACACGCUCCUCGCGUGCCGACGUGAACACUGGCGACGUGCUGCUUGAGGCUCAUGGGGAGCCUAUAAUCGAGGCGAAUUUCGCACCGCGUAUGGCGGUACUCAAGCAGGAACGCGAGGUAAGCCCGGUCUCGCUCGUGUUCGCGCCGCCCCCGCCGCCGGUGCAUGUCAAGAAGUGCGAGGGUGCACUGAGAGAGGCUGGCGUGGACUCUAGUUUCGAGCUGCGAUUUGUUGACGGGCGCGUCGUCCGCUACCUCGAGAUGAGGGAGCUGAACGUGCUCAUCCGCAACUCACACAAGCCGUGCACUAUGGCGUUCGUGCAGAGCAAGGAUAAACAGUUCUACGGCGUGUUGCAGAAGCAGGAGCAGCAGCGACGCAAGCAGCAGCAGACUAACCAAGCGGCGACAGCAAGUGCGGGACUGGCACUGGCGGCGGCCAUCGUCGUCAAUAUGACAUGA